CCCGACUGCGGCUCCUGCAACCCCGGUGCGCUGUGCGUGCCCACGGACAAGUGCAUUUGUAGUCAUGGAAAUGUGCGGAACGUGUCGUCUCUGGGGCUUCUCGAGUUUUUGCUUGAUCAUACCGGCAGUGCACUUCCCAUCAGGAUCCUGGGCCUGAAAAAAUAUGUGUAACACACCGACUUACUGUGACCUAGGAAAGGCUGCCAAGGAUGUCUUCAACAAAGGAUAUGGAUUUGGCAUGGUCAAAAUAGAUCUGAGAACCAAGUCAUGUAGUGGAGUGGAAUUUUCUACUUCUGGUCAUGCUUACACUGAUACAGGGAAAGCAUCAGGCAACCUAGAGACCAAAUACAAGAUUUGUAACUAUGGACUGACCUUCACCCAAAAGUGGAACACAGACAAUACUCUUGGGACAGAAGUCUCUUUGGAGAAUAAGUUGGCUGAAGGGUUGAAACUGACUCUUGAUACCAUAUUUGUACCGAACACAGGAAAGAAGAGUGGGAAAUUGAAGGCCUCCUAUAAACGGGAUUGUUUCAGUCUUGGCAGUAAUGUUGAUAUAGAUUUUUCUGGACCAACCAUCUAUGGCUGGGCUGUGUUGGCCAUUGAAGGUUGGCUUGCUGGCUAUCAGAUGAGUUUUGAUACAGCCAAAUCCAAACUGUCACAGAAUAAUUUCGCCCUGGGUUACAAGGCUGCAGACUUCCAGCUGCACACUCACGUGAACGAUGGCACUGAAUUUGGAGGGUCGAUCUACCAGAAGGUGAACGAGAAGAUUGAAACAUCAAUAAACCUCGCGUGGACGGCUGGCAGUAACAACACCCGUUUCGGCAUCGCCGCUAAGUACAAGCUGGACUGUAGAACUUCUCUGUGUGCUAAAGUGAAUAAUGCCAGCCUGAUUGGACUGGGUUAUACUCAGACCCUUCGACCAGGAGUGAAACUGACCCUGUCAGCUCUAAUCGAUGGAAAGAACUUCAAUGCAGGAGGGCACAAGGUCGGGCUGGGAUUUGAACUAGAAGCUUAAUGUGGUUUUGAAUAGAGCAUCAGCUUUGUCCCUGGAGGUGAAGAGAAGUCAACCCACUAUGUUUUGGCCUUAAAAUUCUUCUGUGAGAUUUCAAAGGUGUGAACUUCUUAUUCUUCCAAAGAAUUGUAAUCCUCCUCACACAGAAGCCUAGAUAUCGAGUCCAGCCUAAGGGAGGUGUGCCUGAAGGCAUGCCCGGAAGUUGUCAUGUUCGUGCCACGUUUCAGUUCAGUUCUGCUGUGUUAUUUUCAAUGUGUUGCUCAGCGACAUGUAGCGUCAUGUUACAAAGGAGAUGACCCGACCCUCCAGUUGUCCAUCACGUCCUGCAUGUCCCACACCACUUUUUCAUGACCUUGUAAUAUAUCGGUCUCUGCGGUAGUGGAAUCUUUCGUUUUGCAUCAGAGUAAAAUAAAAUAAACCCAUCACAUUUGGAACAUAA